UUACAAUGGCCUUGGACAUUACCACGAACGCGCAACGCGCGUUACUAAACUAGUCUUAUUAUUACACAAAAUCAAAAGUUACGUGUUUGGUAAAAAGGUUGACUGAUAAGCCCAAAAACAGGGUUACCAAACAAGCCCUUUAUAUCCUUAUGCUAGAUUUUAUGAGUAUAAUAGGGAAUAAUGGAAUACCACCGCCAUUCUUAUGUCAAAUUAGGAUGUUUUUGCUUAGACUAUUUUCAGUCUCAUACCAAAUCAGACCAUACUUUAACAGAGCAUACCGGACUUAAACAGACUAGACCAAACCAGACUUGACUGCCGUAGUUAUCAAAAACACAGAGACCAAACGUUUACCAGGCCAGAUCAGACCUAACAUAAACAAACCAGACGAGAUCAAACCAGACUUAAACAGACCAGACCACACCAGCGAGUAAAAACAUCCUUCUUACAUCGUAAUUAUUAGGGGUUGUUUGGAACUGAUUCUGCUCCCGCUUCUUUUUUAAAGGAAAAUCAGAAUAAGAAUCAGUUAUCAGAAACUGGUCUCCCUUAGCUUCAAGAAAAACUGAUUCUAGGAGUAAAUUAGAGCACCAAAAUCACUUCUGCAAUUUCACUCAAACACUCAACUUCUGCUCCGGGCAGGAGUAGAAUCAGAUUUGUAAUUAGACCCGAACACCCGCUUAAUAUCUCUAAACCAUUCCUUGCCUAAAACUGCCCUUUUCAGCCCACCUUCUACAACGACCAGGCCAGGUGAAUUUAUAUUUUCGAACGCUAAAGGCUCCGCGUGUCAGUGUGGGGAAAUGUCGGACUGCUUCCAGCGAAAGAUCGAAGUGCGGAGUCUCUCCGGCGAGAAGACAUCUGCUUCGGUUUCGUCGGACAUUACCGUUCAACAACUAAAGCUCAUUCUCAAGCAGACCUUUGUCCCUGCAUCUUCUUCCCCCAAUUUCCAUCUCUUUUUCAAGGGAACAAAAUUGGCACUAGAAAAUAGGUUAAGCAGCUAUUCACUUGGUGAUGGCGAUUUUUUGGUUCUUGUUCCUUUUGCAAAGAAGGAUAGAGACAAGUCAGAUCAAUCUGCAGCACUCUCAGAUGUGUCAGGAUCCGCAACUUCAAAGCAAUCUGAAUCAACAUGGGCUGAUACGGCGGAAGACCUGUCAGUUUUGAGCAGUGCAUUUAGCUGCAAAAAUCAAAAUGAUGUUGAGUUAGAGAUUAAUUUGAAAAAAUGUAAAAAUUCCAACAUUUCAUCCUGUUCAUCGCAGAGAAAGCGCAAGCUAAAUUCCCAAGAUAAGAAGACACAAGUUCCUACUGAGGAGUUCAUUUUUGACAUACUGCAGUCAUCUAACAGUAGUAUAGAUGAACAGACAUCUAAGUUUGUUAUGAUUUUAGACUCAGUUAAUUGCUUAACUGAUCCGAGUUCAGGGAACUGCAUAUGCAUUGAAGCUCGCAGACAGAACAGUGAUAUGGAUCCAUGUUCAGGCAAAAAUAAAUUGUGCAUGUGCCCAUCAUGGUUGAAAAAUAAAAUGAAGUUAUUUUCUUUCAUAAAUGUAUACUAUGCUGUCAUUCAACUUCAAAGUGGAGAAGUUACUGUGUAUUCUCUGAAGAGAGCACUCGAUAAACUUGGCAAAUUUGGAUUCCAAGCCAGUAUAGUAGAUGUUGAGCAUCUCACUGACCUGUGUGCAAAGGUUAUAACAAUUGUUGACGAUUAUCAUGUGAUAAUGAAUUCUACCAACCGCAUUGUUAUUCUCAAAACUUCAACUGAAGAGAGAGAUCAGCAUGAUGAUGCUAAAAAAUCUAUCUCACAAUCAAAGAUUGUCAACUCAAUGAAGAGAAGGCAAGAGUGCUUCAAUACAAGUGUCAUGAAGGCCUUAAGAUCAUUUGUGCUUGAAGAUGGGAUCAACUUUUCUAAUUUAUCCUUGGAAGAUUUCAUUCUGUAUGUGAAUCAGUGCAGUGAGAAAAAGGGGAAACCAUCAGAUUCUCAUUCGUUUAAAGCACUUUGUCAUGAUACAAACCCCAUGCUUCCUGUCGAAAUGUUGGAACAUCUUAGGAGAUGCAUUGGAUCUAAAGGACAGGUUGUUCAUGUUGAAGAGAUCAAUGCUCGGAAUGCCACUUAUGUUGAGAUUCCAAGUGAACUUUCAGAACUUACAAAGGUUGCACUGAAAAAUAUUGGUAUUACUAGGUUAUAUAGCCACCAGGCUGAGUCGGUUCAGGCAUCUCUUGCUGGCAAGGAUGUAGUUGUGGCAACAUUGACAUCCAGUGGGAAAUCUCUUUGCUACAACCUUCCUGUUCUUGAAGUUCUAUCCUACAAUUCGUUAGCAUGUGCAAUUUACCUGUUCCCAACUAAGGCUCUUGCACAAGAUCAACUAAGAGCUUUAUUGGCCAUGACAAAUGAACUGGAUCAUAACAUAAACAUUGGCGUUUAUGAUGGAGACACUUCUCUGUCAGAUAGAACGUGGCAACGUGAAAACUCUAGACUGGUAUUGCAAUGAUCACAAAUCCAGAUAUGUUACAUAUGUCUAUCUUGCCAUUUCAUGGGCAAUUCAGACGGAUCUUUUCUAACCUACGGUUUAUCAUUUUAGAUGAAGCACAUGCUUAUAAGGGCGCAUUUGGAUGUCAUACAGCCCUUAUUUUGAGAAGGCUUCGUCGGCUCUGCUCUCAUGUUUAUGGUAGCAAUCCUUCUUUUAUAUUUUCUACUGCCACUUCUGCAAACCCUGCUGACCACACUAAGGAGCUUGCAAAUUUGCCAGCAAUUGAGCUGAUUCAGAAUGAUGGUAGCCCUUCUGGUCCAAAAACAUUUGUGCUCUGGAAUCCUCCUGUGUGUCUCAGAACGGUUUCAAAGAGAAGUAAAAAGGGUACAAAUGCUAUCAACUCUACUGAUGGAUAUAGAAGUGUGGUUGUGGGAAGAUCAAGUCCUAUGUUGGAGGUAUCAUACAUUUUUGCUGAAAUGGUGCAGCAUGGGCUUCGUUGUAUUGCAUUUUGCAAAACGCGCAAACUUUGUGAGCUUGUCUUAAGCUACACGCGCGAGAUACUUCAGGAAUCAGCACCUCAUUUAGUCGAUGUUAUCUGUGCAUACCGAGCUGGCUAUGUUGCAGAGGAUAGGAGAAGGAUUGAGCACGACUUUUUUAGCGGUAAGAUGUGCGGUAUUGCUGCCACAAAUGCUCUUGAACUGGGAAUUGAUGUUGGACACAUUGAUGUGACUUUACAUCUAGGCUUUCCGGGUAGUAUAGCUAGCUUAUGGCAACAAGCUGGAAGAUCAGGAAGAAGGGGAAAUCCAUCAAUCGCUAUCUAUGUAGCUUUUGGAGGGCCAUUGGAUCAAUAUUUCAUGAAGCUCCCAAACAAACUUUUCAAGAGUCCAGUUGAGUGUUGUCAUAUUGAUGCUAAUAACCCACAGGUGCUCGAACAACAUCUGGCAUGUGCUGCUUUCGAACACCCACUAAGCCUGCAUCACGACGAGAAGUAUUUUGGUCCUGGACUGGAAGCUGCAGUAAUGACACUAAAAGAUAAGGGAUAUCUGAGUACUGAUGUGUCACAUGAUUGUAGUGCUAGAAUUUGGAGCUACAUCGGGCCUGAGAAAGUUCCCUCAAAUGCUGUAAAUGUUCGGGCAAUUGAAACAGGACGAUACCAAGUAAUUGAUAAACAGAAGAAUGAACUUCUAGAAGAAAUCGAAGAGAGUAGGGCAUUUUUCCAGGUUUAUGAAGGGGCUGUUUAUUUGAAUCAAGGAAAGACCUAUCUUGUGAAAGAAAUGGAUUUAUCAAGUAAAAUUGCUUGGUGCCAGGAAGCAGACUUGAAGUAUUACACAAAAACUCGUGACCUUACUGAUAUUCAUAUCACUGGGGGUAACAUUGCCUAUCCAGCUAGGAAUUUGAAUGUCCCAUUUGCAAGAACAACUGCACGAGCACAGUUUUGCAGAGUAACCACUACCUGGUUUGGUUUCCGCCGGUUAUGGAAAAAAAGCAACCAAGUUUUUGACACCCUUGAACUGUCACUUCCAAACUACUCUUAUGAAUCCCAGGCUGUCUGGGUUCCAGUCUCUGUGAUGAUAAAGAAAACAGUUGAGGCCUUAAAUUAUUCAUUUCGAGGAGGUUUACACGCUGCUUGUCAUGCUGUUCUUCAUGUAGUUCCUUUGUUUGUGAUUUGCAAUACAUCUGACAUAGCUUCGGAGUGCGUAAACCCUAAUGACUCCCGUUAUGUUCCAGAAAGAAUUUUACUUUAUGAUCCACGUCCUGGAGGAACUGGGAUUGCAGCACAGAUGCAACCCUUAUUUACUGAGCUUCUGACUGCUGCCUUGGAACUUCUCACAUCAUGUCAUUGCUCUGGUGAUGCUGGUUGCCCCAACUGUGUACAAAAUACCAUUUGUGAAGAAUAUAACGAGUUUCUUCACAAGGAUGCAGCUAUAAUCAUACUUAAGGGUGUUAUCCAAGCAGAACAAGUCUGACCUUAGCAAAUGUGUUUUGCAAUCACCAACAAAAGAUUAGUCAAAUUUGCUACUCUGGGAUUGAUGGAUAGAGUUGAAAUUCACAUGUCAGCUCAUUUCCGAGUACUUGCGUUCAAGUUAGGCUAGUAUUGUAAGGCAUAAUGGGGGUGUUUGGAUCUGAUUCUAAAACUGCUUCUGCUCUUUCAGGGAGCAGAAGCAGAAGUUGGAGUGUUUGGGUGAAAGUCCAGAAGUGAUUCUGGAGCUCUAUUUUACUCCUAGAAUCAGUUUUUUUGGAAGCUGGGGGACACCAGCUUCUUAAAACUGAUUCUGAUUCUGCUUUUACUUUAAAAUAGAAGUAGAAGCAGAAUCAGUUCCAAACACCCCCAAUAUAACCUAAUGUAAUGGAAUGGAAUCUUCAGAGUUGUGCGUGGUUUCUUAAGCAUUAACCAUUUUCUCAAUGUAAUGAUCUUUACAUUAUUAUAAUGUCUGUUUACGUAUAUACAGUUAUGGUAUGUAAUCAAA